UGUAGGGUCAUGCAUAUGUGGGAGGUGUGAAUGUCUGCUUUUAGAAAAAAGUGGACUGAUUUAUGGAAAGUUCUGUGAAUGUGACGAUAGAGAAUGUAUUGAUGACGAAACGGAUGAGAUCUGUGGAGGUAAGUACACAAUUCUAAUGAAUGUCUCAAUUAAUGUUUUGCCUUUUUGAUGUCUUGUUUGUGUGUGUAAUGUUUCUGUCAUUCAGUAAUUUAGAAUACUGAUGCAUUCAUCCAUACAUCACCAUUGAAAACAUUAUAAAUUUAAAAUGUAUAUCUAGGUUUCAAAUGUAAUAUUAGAUUUUAAAAAAAUCAGUCUUGCUAUCACAAUUAAAGGGACCAAAUAAGCACUGAAACAAUGUUAGGAUCAAAGGGACACUACAGUAUACGCACUAUACUAUACUAUACUGAACUCUGACUGGUCAAUUCUCUACCAUUUAGGAGUUAAAUCACUUUGUUUAUACAGACCUGGUCACACCUCCCUGUAUUAAACUCACAAAUCCUUCCUAAACACUUCCUGUAAAGUAAGAUCUAAUGAUUAACUUCCUUUAUUAGACGUUCUGUUUAAUUUAGAAUUCCUUAUAUCCUGCUCUGCUAUUAUUAUUAUUGCCGUUUAAAUAGUGCCAACAGAUUCCGUAGAGCUUUACAAUAUCAUGAGAGGGAGGAUUUAACUAUAAAUAGGACAAUUACAAGAAAACUUACAGGAAUGAUAGUUUGAAGAGGACCCUGCUCAAACGAGCUUACAGUCUGUAGGAAGUGGGGUAUAAAACACAUUAGGACAGGAAAUAGCAAUAACAUAAAGUGGGAGUGAAGCAGAGCUGAAGGAGAGAGUAGAGUGCUGCCCUUUAGGAGAGAGCAAGAGACAGGUAUGUAAGGUAGAGGUUACUCUGGGAGGCCAUACGCUUUCCUAAAGAGAUGGGUUUUAAGGCACUUCUUAAACAAUUGUAGACUAGGGGAGAGUCUGACGGCGGUAAUCAGGCUAUUCCAUAGGAAGGGAGCCACCCGCGAGACGUCCUGCAAGCGUGAGUUGGCCGUACGGGUGCGAGCAGCAGACAGGAGAAGGUCACGGGCAGAGCGGAGAGACCGAGAAGGGACAUACCUAUGGAUUUGUGAAGAGAUAUAAGAGGGACUAGAAUUAUUCAGUGCUUUAUAGGUAUGGGUUAGCACUUUGAAUUGACUCCUAUAGGAUACAGAAAGCCAAUGUAAUGACUGACAGAGGGGUGAGGUGUUAGAGGACCGAUUAGAAAGGAAAAUCAGUCUGGCGGCAGCAUUCAUUACAGACUGUAACGGGGCAAUUAGGGAAGACCAAUUAGGAGAGGGUCACAAUAAUCCAUGCGGGAAAUUACUAGAGCAUGGACAAGCUCCUUGGUAGCAUCUUGUGUAAGAAAGGGACGGAUGCUGGCUAUGUUUUUAAGAUGGAAUCUACAGGAUUUGGCAACAUACUGGAUGUGAGGCUCAAAGGUGAGGCCAGAGUCAAGUAUGACGCCAAGACAGCGCACUUGCAAGGAUGGACUCAUGUGAAUACCACUAACUUGAAGGGAGAGUGAAAGAGGAGGAUCAGUAUGAGGAGGAGGAAAGACAAGGAGCUCAGUUUUAGAGAGAUAGAGUUUCAGAAAGCGGGAGGACAUCCAGUCAGAGAUGGAAGAAAGGCAAGCAGUGACACAUUGCAGGACGGCAGUGGAGUGGUCCGGGGAGGAGAGAUAUAUCUGGGUGUCAUCAACGUACAGGUGUUAUUGAAUUCCAAAAGAGGUAAUAUGUUUGCCAAGAGAGGCAGUAUAAAGGGAAAAUAGAAAGGGAGCAAGGACAGAGCCUAGGGGGACUCCAACCGAGACAGGACAAGGGGAGGAGGUAUCAUUAGAAAAGGAGACGCUGAAUGAGCGUUGGGAGAGAUAGGAGGAAAACCAUGAGAGGACAGAGUCACAGAAACCGAGUGAUUGAAGAAUUUGAAUAAGGAGAGCAUGAUCAAUGGUGUCAAAGACAGCAGAGAGGUCAAGAAGAGUUAGUAUGGAGUAGUGGACUUUGGAUUUAGCUGUGAUUAGGUUGUUAGUAACUUUGAUAAGAGCAGUCUCAGUAGAGUGGAGAGGGCGGAAGCCAGAGGGAAGAGGGUCGAGGAGAGAGUUGGAAUUGAGGAAGUGAGACAUACUGGUAAAGACAAGUCUUUCCAGAAGCUUUGAGGAGAAAGGGAGCAGGGAUUUGGGACGAUAGUUAGAGGGGGAGGACGGGUCAAGAAAUGUUUUUUUCAGGAUAGGUACUACAGUGGCAUGUUUAAGUUCUGCAGGGACAAAGCCAGAAGAGAGAGAGAGCAGUUGAAGAUGUUUGUUAAGGAAGACGCAAGACAAGGGGAGGGAGAUCUGAUACGGUGAUAUGGGAUAGGAUCGAGCGGGCAAGUGGUGGGGCGAGAGGAAAGGAGAAGCACAGACACCUCUUGUUCAGUAGCCAGGGAGAAAGUCUGAAGGGUAGGAAAGGCAUGAUCUACGUGUGGUUGAGAAAGAGAAAGGCAGGGUGGGGAGAAUUCUUUCCUUAGCUGUUCAAUCUUGUCUGUAAAAUAACAUGCAAAGCUAUCGGGUAUAAGGUUAGAUUAGGGGGUGGCCACAGCAGGGUGAAUAAGAGAUUUAAAGGUGUCAAAGAGAUGCCUGGGAUUGCGGGACCAUGAACUAAUGAGAGAGGGAAAGUAUGACUAUUUGGCGGUGGCAAGGGCUGCGUUUUAUGAACACAAUAUGAAUCUAAAAUGGAGAAAGUCUGACUGGGUGCGAGACUUCCUCCAGGAGAAUUCAGCACAACGGGAGCAUCUUUGCAGGUAGCGUGUUGAUGUAGUAUGCUUUUUAGUAAUAGCUUUCUAGACCCUCAUGUGUGAUUAAAGUUCAAUUUACAGAGCAGAUGAUAAAAACUUCUAAAGUAGGUUAACAUCUGAUUGAAAAAUUAACCAUUUUGCUUUAAUGCAGGCUCUGUCAAUCAUAGCCAGAGGAGGUGUGGCUAGGGCUGCAUAAACAGAAACAAAAGUGAUUUAACUCCUAAAUGCCAGUGAAUUGAACUGUGAAACUUCAGAGGCAUGAUCUUUAUACUAAAACUGCUUCAUCAAGAUAAAGUUGGUUUGGUGACUAUACUGUCCCUUUAACAGCUUGAUUCACUACAUUUUAAGGAUAGAAAUAUAUUUAUACGAUUAAUAAAAUUAAAUUUGAAAUCCGCAUGCUAUUUGAGGGUAUAUUUACUAGACAUUUGGCUGUACACAGAUAGCAGUGGGCUUGCUGACUGAGGUCAGAAUAACUUAGGGGAGUUGCAGAUUUUUAUCAACUUUUUCACAGGUUUGCAAAUUUGUUGAGUGGUCGUCACAACUCACAGCUAAGUGUGAUAAAUACCAUAGGGUGGAUUGAAAACUGUUUAUCUCUAAUUUUCCAACACUGUUGGAAAACCGGUGAGCUCCUAGUUCCCUAUUCUUUUGAGUCCUAGCAUAAUCUCUGUCUUAACACACAUGUGCUUUACCCAGCCCAUAUACUCCAACUCGUAUUGUGUGAUGGAAUGUUAAAAUUUAUAUCAAAUGCUGGUCUCUCAACACACACUGAAUUUCAAAAAUACUGUGGCAUCUUGCUUAGCCACUACUAGCAGCCAGUGAGCUGCAGGCAACUUAUUUAAAAGAAAAAAAAAAGGAUGACAGGCUUUUUAUAACUGCAUUUACGCUGCUGGCUAGGAAGUCACGGCACAUUAAGCAGAAAUACUGUUUCCCAAGAAGAAAGAUAUUAGACAGUAAAGAGGAUGCAUUUGUUCAAGAACUGAUAUUGUGGUUUCAAACUUGUUUUAAGAACUCCUCAUUUUAUUACACCCCUUAAUUCACAAACAGGUAAGACAAUAGGCAAAUAUAUUAUGGCCACAAGAGGGAACAAAAAAUUUAUAAAAAUAAAAAUAUAAACCGCUAUUAUAUCUCCAAAACUGAGUGACUCAACACCAUAUAAACAAAUAAACAAACUAAAAAUAACGGAGUAGCACUGUAGAAAUUGUAAGUGUCUGAGAAAUUGUCUCCAGUUUUACAAAUCAUUUUUUGUACCCGAGAAACAUCACUCUAAAAAUGUACUUAUAAAUGCAUUUAUUUUGUAAAAAUGAAGUAUGUAUACAAAUAUAUGUAGUUUGUUUUUUUCUCACUGUAUAAAAUUUGUUUUGGGUGCAGGCCACGGGAAGUGUUACUGUGGAAACUGUUACUGUGAGGCUGGUUGGCAUGGAGAUAAAUGUGAAUUCCAGUGUGAUAUCACCCCAUGGGAGAUCAAGAAAAGAUGCACAUCGCCAGAUGGCAAAAUCUGCAGCAACAGAGGUGUGUCAUUACUAAUGAACCUCACAUCUGUAUGUCUUUCAAUUAGUCUUACACAGUAAUUGUGCCAGGUUCUAAUUUAUUUGCCCAGUUUAUUAAUAACGUCCAGAAUAAUGUGAGAAGCACAGAUACAAGCUCAUAAAACAUUCAAGCAGCUAAUGCAUUGUCUGUCACUUUCAGAUAUAAGAUUUUUGAAUGCAAAUAUCAUGGCCGUAUUUAUUGCGGAUUAGAUCAUAUAUGGUUUGUAUUUAUGAAAGUCUGCUAUUAAUUUCUUGUUGCUCUGUAGCCCUCUCUCCCAUGUUUUGCCACUUCCUGCCCACUCUGUCUUUGCUGCUCCAUGUUAGCCACCUGUUCCCAUUCUCUCGUAUGAUUGCAUACAGUACAUUUUCGACUUUGAUGUGAAAAUGAGUCAUGAUGUUGCUGCCAUUAAUAAAACAAGUCAGUCCUUUCAGUGCAGGACUGUCUUUCCAAUGCCAAUACUGAGAGACUGACAGCAGCUAAACAAUAGCUCCUACCCACCUGUGGAAGAAAGUGUAUACCUGUUUUUCUUUGUGGCAGAGAGAAUCCAUAAACUAUUGGUAAAAAAAAAAAACAAGCUAAGGAAAACUCUCUAGCUAGAACAAGCUGGAGAUUUUUAUUUUCCAACUCACCCAAGAAGGAUAAAAAUGUCCAUUCCCACAGAGCAGGGUAAGCCAGGAGAUGCACCGAAAGGCGUGAUUAACUCAUGCAUUGCAAUAUGUCACACAACAAGGUUAAAAAAUGUUUUUCCAGUUUUGAUUUAAAAAUGUGCACACACUAUACACAGACAGGGUGCAUUUACCAUUCUUGCUGCCUCAAAGCAAGUUUCCUUAAAAGGAACACUCCAGUGUCCAAAUACAAGCAAAAAAAAAAAAAGAAUCCCUGUGUAGUAGAAGUGCGUUUUUUCAUUGGUGUUAUAUCUAAAAACAGCUUCCAAAAGCUGCAGAUCUAUUGCUUGCAGCAUUUGUAAGCCCUCCCCCUUCUAACCCCUUUAAGCCUUGUGUGGCUACCCAAUCACAGACUUACCAGUUCAGCUCAGUGAGAAGUCUUUGCAAGGCAGGUGCUCUGACAAACUGCUGCCUCUUGAAUUUAGUUUCACUGAUUUAACCAAACCAGGAAGAAACAUGAACAGUUGUCCAAUUAACAGCCAGGAGGCUUUAAUAAGGUUAAUUUACAAAAGUGCAAUUUUCCUUUUUGUAAAAUGAGAAAAAGUGGACACACUCUUCACCCAUAAAGCACUACAGCAAGCUGAAGAAAGUCUAGAAUGUCCCUUUUAAUAUAUAUAUAUUUGGUGUAUGUGACUGGAUGGGUAAAUGCGGCUAGUUUGUAGUAUGAUUGGAAGGUUAAUUUGACUAAGUGGGUGACUGGAUGAUAAGUGGGACAGGGCUGAGAGAGGAUGGUAUGGUAUGUGUGUGUGUAAGAAACCUUGUGUUAAUGCAUGUGUGGGUGCUUUAGGGUGUGUUUGAGAGGGAUAGGGGAUGCGGGAUAAGCAUUGAGGUGGACUGUAGGUAUGUUGAGAGCUGUAGAAUGUUUGGGAAGGCUAUAGGCUGUAAGGUAUAUUAGUGGGAAGUGGGCUGUAGGGUAUGUUUAGUAGAAUGGACAGUUGUAGGGUGUGUUUUGGAGGGCAGGGUCUGUAGAGCAUGUUUUGGGAGGAAAUUAGGACUGUAUGAUAUGUGUGCAGGAGUGAAGUAAGGUUUGUAGUGUAUGUGAUCGAGGACAGUAGGGACUGUUUGGGUUGAUAGGGAAUGUUGUGUGUGUUGCGGGGUAGAAAGGGCUGCAGUGUGUGUUGAGGGUUAAAUUAAAAACAAAAUUAAUUUAAAAAAAAAUAUAUAUAUAUUAUUAAGAUAAUUAAUAUAUAUUACUAUUCAGUUUUAACAUUAAGGGACAAUAAUUUUCAUACAUUGCUUAUGGAUAUGUUGUACAGCCUUUCCCCUCUCCCCUUUCCCCCUUGUUCCUCUCUUUUGAUUCCCCCAUUCCCUCACUUUAUUCCUUUUUUCUCAUAACCACAUUUAAGUCACCUGUUCCCCUCUUCUCUUCCGUCCUUUCAUGAUUUGUAUCCCUGCCUCCAAGCACAAACCUGAUUGCUGCCCAGUGUUGCAGAGAAAGAGCAGGCAGGUGUAGGUGUGAUAGAAUUUACUUUGAUGCCAAGGUUCAAGCUUAUAGGUUUCAAUUUAGAUAUCCUAUUUUAAAAUUGGCUAACUUGGACUCACUAAAUGCUUGAGCCGACGCUUAAGACCAUAUAUGUCUAGUUCCGGGAGCAGAUAGCCCCCUCCUGAGCUGUCUCUUCUCAAAUACUUCUGUUCUUUCUCUUUCUUGGAACUUAUCUGUUAUAUGUACAUAACGUUCAUCCAUAUGUUUUAUCUGUACUCCUUUUACCCUUUCACUCCCUUUCUACUACUUUCCUAUGAGUAUUUGCACGUAAGCACUUACUUUUUAAUGUAUAAAAACACAGCUGACAAAAUAAAGGUCAGGGCUUAUUUUGAUAACCAACACGCGUCUGGUGUCUAAUUCACGCUUCUCCAAGUGCACUUGAAAUAAUAAUAAUUUGGGCUUCCUCUGAAUAUAACAAAGAUCAAUAUUUGGAUCUAUAUCAUAGGUAUGCUGACGUGAUAUCCAACGUACACUUCUGUAAUGCCUGGUAGGAAGAGAGGACUUGUCACCACAGUUGCCAUCCAAGAAGGGGAACAAGUACUUCCCCUCAUUGCCCUAGCGCAUCACUACUCCAAAUAUACCACCAAUAAUUAGCAGCAUGAUCAAGGCAUGCCGCCUUCUUCCGCUUACCGCCCAGAAGAUAUGGCAUUGGUGGCCUUAUCAGAAAUCCAGUCCUGUACACAGUACAGUGGUCUACAAAAUAAAGAGUUAAAAAAUAUAUGCAUGUUACUCUGUAUGUGGUUUAUUCUGCUCUGUUACCUAGAGAGUUACACAAAUUGCACACAGAUAAAAGUUCUACAGACUAAACAUUAAAGCACUCCAUGCUUUUCCUCUUGGCUGCUGUCUAGAGCACUAUUACUGUAUAAAAAAAACAAAAGCCCAAAGAAACCCUCUUUUAAAUACAUCUUCACUGACAAUGACUGCUACAAAAUGAGCAUCUAAUUAGCCGAAGAGCAUUUAAAAGCUCUCUCCUAUCUUAAUUUUGAGGAAAGCUUGGCUUCUGUACAGAUUUAGUGGAGCUAUAUUUAAUAUCUACUCUGUGCUAGGGGAGACAUCAGAACUCUUGGAAACUAAAUAUAAAAUAAUUAUAUGUUAAAUUGAAGGCUAAUCAUUUUAAUAUGUUUGGCACAUAAGUAAGCAUGUAAGUUCUGACUGAUCAGCUUGAUGAAAGUGCUAAUUUGUAGCAUACAAUCAUGCAAAAACGAAAUAGCCUUUUACUAGGAUAAGCCCAUUCUCUAGCGCAUCCCUUUAAUAUCCCAGGUGCGUUGGCAUGAAUACCCAUGAAUAUUAAAUAUUAGAUUAUAUAUUAGAUUAUAGACUUAAAAAGAUUUCACUGCACUGGUUGAAGACCAUCUGGAAUUUGGGUCUGUAGCUAUUUUUCUUAAAUGGCUGCUGUUUAGACAAUGUCACUUACUCACUCACUCACUCACUCAAUGAUAUGUUCUCUUCAAAUUAAUUCAUUUACUUGAAUGAGUUUGAGACAGUUGGGAUCACUGGAAAACAGGUUGUAAAAAAUACUAUGAUUUUUUUUUUUUUUUUAACUGGUCCUCUUCAUGGUCUCAUUGUCUGUCUUCAUGUCCCUUGCAUUGUUUUAGCCUGAUUUAGAGUUUGAAGCAAAACUCAUAGAGUGAAAUACAAAAGAGAAAAAAUAGGAAUAAAAACCAGCGCUUAUAUAUCUCAAUAUUCAGAAUAAUAUGCCAAUAAAACAAAUUGUGACAAAGAUUAGCUUCUAAACAUUCAGACAAAACCUUCCAAGUUUGCAAAAUAGAAUAUUUGAAAAACAAAAGAAUGUAGCGCUUAUAUUUCCAAUAAUAAAUUAUCACCUUUUGGUAUCAUAGAGAAGACGGGAAAACUUGAACAAUCGGUGAAUCGAAUGCCUAUAACACAAAUAACCAAAUAUAGUGUAGACAGUAUGAUACUUAAUAAUAUAUUGCACUUAAAUAGUAAAGCUCACUCACAAACAAGGAGCUAUGGACCUAGCUCCAGUUAAAAUCGCAUGUGGAUCCGUUUAGGCGAUCCUCCCCUAUUUUAAAUGGUGGAACGUAUCUUGUCCUGAGGGUAAAGCAGAAACGGAAAACAAUUGCGCAGUAUCUCUGGUAGAAAAUCCAAAUAUAAUAAAAUUCCCAAGUGGGUACUUACAAGGUUGGAGUCAAAACCUAUGACUCAAUUCAAACGUAUUGUGCAGUUAGGGACUGCACUCCCAUCUGUAGUAAAUAAAUCCAGGGGUCCAAAGCAAACUUCAAUUUAUUAAAACGAUAAAUAAAUAAAAUAUAAACGCGUUCUGGUAUAGAGCAUAUUGCUGUACACUACAUUGAGUAUUGAGCAUAUUGCUGUACAUUAAUUUUAAAGCAUAUUGCUGCAUAUUUUAUAUUUUAUUUAUUUAUCGUUUUAAUAAAUUGAAGUUUGCUUUGGACCCCUGGAUUUAUUUACUACAGAUGGGAGUGCAGUCCCUAACUGCACAAUACGUUUGAAUUGAGUCAUAGGUUUUGACUCCAACCUUGUAAGUACCCACUUGGGAAUUUUAUUAUAUUUGGAUUUUCUACCAGAGAUACUGCGCAAUUGUUUUCCGUUUCUGCUUUACCCUCAGGACAAGAUACGUUCCACCAUUUAAAAUAGGGGAGGAUCGCCUAAACGGAUCCACAUGCGAUUUUAACUGGAGCUAGGUCCAUAGCUCCUUGUUUGUGAGUGAGCUUUACUAUUUAAGUGCAAUAUAUUAUUAAGUAUCAUACUGUCUACACUAUAUUUGGUUAUUUGUGUUAUAGGCAUUCGAUUCACCGAUUGUUCAAGUUUUCCCGUCUUCUCUAUGAUACCAAAAGGUGAUAAUUUAUUAUUGGAAAUAUAAGCGCUACAUUCUUUUGUUUUUCAUAGAGUGAAAUGCUUGCAAACAGCAUUAAAAAGUUCUACUUAACAUUUUCUGGUAAAAAAAAAUAAAAUAAACAAAUGUUGAGCAACGUUCAGCAGUAUGUUCUACAGCUCAAAACUGUAGUAAAAGUUGAGACUCAUUUCAAACAGGUUUUAAUACGGUUAAGGAUAAACUCAAGCUGGUGGGCCCACAGUGGUCUAGUUGCGAAGAUAUUUGACAACUGAUCUGCAUUGAAGAUAUCCAGUAGAGCGGAUCCUUACUUGGGAGCCCAUUACUCUGCGGCAGGGCUAGGAGAAUGUGACAUUGUGCCCUUCAUCCCAGGAUACAGGAAACCGCAGAGCAAGGGGAGCUAGGAAAGUACACAAGUUGCCGAUGCUGCUGGACCCCUAAGAGCUACACCCUUGCAAUAUGUGUAUGUACAUAUUUCAAAGUGUGUGUAUGUGUAUGGCAGUGUGCUUGUGUUUGGAAUUGAGUAUUUAUGAUUUUUUUAAGGAGCCCAAUAUUUAUGAUGGCUUUUAAAUCUUUGUGACAUGUACAUUCUCACUGUCCUACACUCUGCAGUCUAGCUCUUUCCUGAUUUCUUGCCAGAGACGCACUUUGCAUAACAAGGGUGUCGUGUCACAAAAUACAUAGUACAUGUUCACUGCACCAUAUCCCUUGUCCUCUGCUCUUGAAUGUUUUAUUUGCCAGAUAACUCACUGCCCAGCAAGUGUACCAUUGGACUAGUGCACAGAACAAGCCUAGGUACUAACCACUAUACAAGUUUAGCUACGGAAUAUUUUGCAUACAAAAAUCGUAGGUAAUAAAUAAAGGGCAUCUUCAAAUUUGUCAUUGAAGAUUGCACAACUGGCCUGUUUCCAUGCUUGUCACAAUCAUUUAGCGACAAAUCGGUAAUCUCUAAAAUGGCUGUUGCUAUUGUUGUUUAACGUCUGGCAAUUAGUAGCUGCCAAGUUUUAACGUAUACCAUAGAUAUUAAUAGGAGUUGCUAAAUGCUAAGUAGCACCUGCUCUCCAUGCUAAAUUGUAAAACUUACCGCCUGUAGUUAUCUGACUAAAAAUUACACCUGCCUCAUCUAGGCAUAAAUAGAUCCCCUGGACUAUAAGGAAGGGGAGGCAUGACUGCUGCCACACAGUAAGGGGUGUGGAAUUAUGGGAUACAAUUGUGGCAAUAUGGGGCAGUAUAAGUAUGUGUGCAAGAGGAGGGUACUCACCAUUCCUAGAAAGAAAGGCUGGAACAGGUUUUUCCCUUCUUUCCAUAUACGAAAAAGAAAAAAGAAAAAGAAACUUUAUCAGAAGCUGUGUAAGGAGUGGAUUGUCUUACCUGUUUGCUGAUUUUAUUAAAGGACACGGAGGCUCUUAUUAUGCUUUACUCUUUCCUUUUAUUCCUCAGCAGCAAAAGAAAAUAUUGUGUAUAUAUAUUCAAUGCAAAAAGAAAACACUUCAAUAACAUUACAUCAUAACUUUGCAAGGGUUAACCAUAUACCACAUAUGAACCAAUCAGAGUGUCCCUAUUACAAUAAAGUCCCAUGUGACCCUAAGCCACUCCUCUUUCUUUUGCUGCUGCAUCCUCAGCUAAGUACCAUAUUUUUCUCCCUCUGUGUUGCAUGCCAGUUAAGAUUGUAUUUAUUGUUCUUUUUCAGCCCUCUCCCUUUAUUUUCAUCAGUUUGUGUUCCCUUUGACUCUAUCCUCUGUCUCCCUGCAUCUCACUCCCUUCCCCCUCCCCCCUCCGGUCGGUUUGUUUAUUUCCCGACCGUCUUCCCCUUUCCCUCCACUACCAGGGCUUCCCCCCGCUCAGGUACCUCUGUCUUUUCAUGGUCCCAGCGGACCGCCGUUUUACCGCGGCUCGGGCCGCCCGCGCAUGCGCACACCGUGAGUGCGCAUCGCGGCGGCCAUCUUGGGAUUGGCAGUUUUGCCGCGCUUUUUCUAGCGCGGCCAAUACUGCUCGUUUGGGGGCGGGAGUUAGUGCUCUGUUGCUGGGCAAGUCUCCCGGUGCUCCCCAGGAGCUUAUUCCUGAGGGAACACUCGGUGAGCUUGCUACAGUUCUGUUUAGUCUGUGCCUGUUUGCAUUGUUCAUAUUUCAAUUGGUGCCUUUUGUGCCUGCUAGUUGCUUUAGGGCUACUGUUUCUUUGCAUAUAACUCCCUGCUGGGCUGCUCAAUUAUAUAAACAGUGUUUCUGCCUGUCCUGCUGCCCCCUUUUGUUUUUUUCUUUCAUCCCUAAGCAUGCAGGCUGAUAACAUGGCUGAUGGAGCCACCAAACCUAGGGCCACCAUACCCACAUCAACCCCGCUAGGGCCCAAAAUUCCCACUGUAAUUGAAACAGCGCAGGAGCAAAUGGACUCUGAGGAGUUUCAUUCUCUCCUAGACGCGGCUAUGGCGAAGUCUGUGACGCAGGAUAUAUUUACCGCCAUGGGUGCCAUGUCGGAUAACUUAUCCCAUUCAAUAGCCACUGCAAUGAGAUCCACGCAGUUGCCACCAAACCCUAUGGCUAACCCCCCAGAAACUGAACCGGUGGCCCCUAGUGGGCGUAAAGCCGCUAAAAAAUCUCGCCAUUUAGACGAGUAUGCCUCCGCAACUCUACAGACGGACAGGGCACGUCCUGUCACAGAACCUGUGGUUUGACCACAACUAAGAGCCCCCCGCCGGGCAAAAUCGGUGAGGAAAUGGAAGAGGGCUAAGGCCCUAAUUGAAUCCUCCGACUCUGAAUCGGAGCAAGAGGAGGCACAGAGCGAGUCCGAGGAGGAGGACUCUGAUGAUUCCGAUAACCAAGUGCGGGACUAUGACUCAGUCACGUGCACGGACAUGGACCGCAAGGACGGAGCUGGCGACUCCGCCUUAGUUGACCCCCAGGGUGAACCAUUGUUCGACCCGGACACCCUCCAACACCCGAGGUCCUCCGAGUGGUACCCUCUGGACAACGUAGCGAAAUAUAUCGCUGCCGGCAUCAGAAAGCCACUGGAUGAGGUGGCGCGAGACAAGCUGCGGGCAGAAUGCCCAAGCCCCGCGGUCCCGGAUAUGGCAUGUGCCACCCCAGAAGUGGACCCAAAAAUCGCCCAAUUUUUGGGAAAAUCAGGCUGGAAGGCCAAGAAGGGCCUAGAUUUUGCCUGGCGGAACUGCCAGGAUAAAGUGUUGGACAUCCUUGGACCAAUCGCGAGGAUGUUUGAUAUGGUUGAAAUCGCGUUGGCAGGGGGUGCACCGCUGGACCUGGAAGCCCUCAGAGGGUGGAUCCAGCGUGCCGUGUGUCUCCUGGGCAACGCUAAUACGGCAGUGGCCACGGAAAGACGCAAAGCGAUCUUAAUCAAAAUUGAGCCUAAGCUGGUAAACCUAGCUAUCUCAGAGCCGGGUCCCCAGGCUAAAGCCCUCCUAUUCGGGGAUAACUUUGUGAAAGAGCUAGGCACAUAUGUAGGCACCUUUACGGCACUGGAUAAGGCUCAAGCCAGCAUGAAGCGAGUGUUCCAUCAGAAGGUUUUUGGCGGGGCCAGCAGAUAUCGGGGCCGUCUGCCCGGCCGCUCGCCCCGGGGCUCAUACCGGGGCUCUCGUGGCUCCGCACAAUCCAGAUUCACACCCCCGGAACCCAAACAAGCCUCACCGUUCUUUCCAGUCCGAGGCAGACCAUGGCAGACCCGAGGACCCAGAGGCUCUUCAUAUGGCCGACGUCCUUAUGGUAAGUGCACUACCUCAUCAUAUGCCUGCAUUAACUAUGGUGGGGGGCAGACUGGGCCAUUUUGUCAAAGCAUGGCACAUGAUCACGGCGGAUGCCUGGGUGCUCCACACUGUACGGGGUUACUCUAUAGAGUUUGUGCAAUACCCUGUCCAACUGAAACCCCCCAGCCGAAUGGUGGUCCCCAUGCGGGACCGAGAGUUGAUAACCCAAGAGGUCCAGGCCUUAGCCUCCAAGGGAGCGAUUUAUACAAUUCCCCCUGUCACACCAGGUUUCCUGAGCAACCUAUUCUUAGUACCCAAAAAAGGCGGAGGUGUUCGCCCAGUCAUCAACUUGAGGCCUUUAAACAUGUUUGUCGCAUACCACCACUUCAAGAUGGAAGGUAUACACUCUCUCCGGGACCUCCUCCUCACGGGGGACUGGAUGGUCAAACUCGACUUGAAGGACGCAUACCUCACGGUCCCAAUGGCCAACGACUGCCAACGCUUCCUGCAAUUCCGCUGGGAAGAGACCAUGUGGCGUUUCAAGUGCCUACCGUUCGGUCUCUCAUCGGCCCCCUGGUGCUUCACAAAGCUCAUGAAACCAGUGGUCGCCCUCCUACGCAGCAGAGGAGUACGGCUCAUAAUAUACCUGGACGAUAUCCUCAUCAUGGCGCAAGACCCGCUUCUGUUGCACGAACAUUUCUCUUGGAUGAGGAAUUUGUUAGAAAACCUGGGUUUUCUGAUCAACUGGGAGAAGUCGGUCAUCUAACCCUCGCAGGCAAUAGAAUUCCUGGGAUUCACCAUAGACACAGUGACCGGAAUGCUCCUACUCCCAACAACCAAGGUCAAGGCCAUCAAAAAGGAGCUCAAGCGGACGCUAACACGGCCUGUCCUUACCUUGAGACAGCUGGCCAGGAUUGUGGGCCUCCUCUCGGCGUCCAUUCAGGCCAUCUUUCCCGGACCCCUACACUACAGGGCACUUCAACGAUUAAAGGCAAAAUACCUUCGUUUGGGGCACUCAUACUCAGAUUCUGUUCCUCUCGACUGUGCCGCCAAAGACGAAAUCAAAUGGUGGCUACAACACAUGGAAGCGUGAAAUGGCAGCGCGAUCUUUGGAACAGCUCCGGACCUCAUAGUGGAAUCCGAUGCAAGCUUGCUCGGUUGGGGUGCGCGCUGCGGACCUUUCUCCACCGGAGGAAGAUGGUCUCGGGAGGAACAGGGACUUCAUAUCAAUUGCCUCGAACUGUUGGCAGGUUCGUUCGCUUUACGGAGUCUUUUGAACGUGUCGACCAACUGUUCCAUCCUGUUACGCAUGGACAACGUUUCAGCGGUCCGUUAUAUCAACCACCUCGGGGGCACGAGGUCCGCAAUACUUGCGGAAUUAGCAAAGGAUUUCUGGCAGUUCUGCCUGGAUCGAAACAUAUCGGUGCAAGCGGAACACAUCCCGGGGAUGAGCAAUGUAGUAGCAGACUGGAACUCCAGACAUCUACGAGAUGCCAGCGACUGGCGACUGAACCCGGCCACCUUCAGCCAAUUGCAAUCACUGUGGGGACCACUGGACAUCGACCUGUUCGCGUCACGACUAAACACGCAAUUACCGAGGUUUUUCAGUUGGAGGCCAGAUCCAGAGGCUCUAGCGACGGACGCUUUCCGACAACAGUGGCCGAAUGCCAGACAUUACGCUUUUCCCCCCUUUUCCCUCAUCGCACGGACCUUGCUGCACCUCAGACGACACCGCACGUCUCUAAUCCUCGUGUCUCCGUUUUGGACGUCUCAACCCUGGUUCCCUACACUCCUGGAACUGUCAAUAGAUCUGCCGAGGUUACUACCAGUACACGACAACAUUCUCCUGGAUCCCUAUGGCAAUCCACAUCCUCUCAUACUGCAGGGACACCUCAAGCUUUUGGCAUGGCUCCUCUCAGGGGACUCGGUGACAUCCCAAAUGUUCCACAAACAACUCUGGACCUCCUGGCAGGAGCUUGGGCCCCAGGUACAAGGAAAUCGUAUUUACAUGCCUGGAACACAUGGCAUGGUUGGUGCGUGGAACAACAUGUGGAUCCCAUAUCUGCAACUGUGAGUCAAGUCUUGGGUUUCCUCACUUCACUUUUCGACCACGGCCUGGCGUAUCGUACAAUUAAUCUAUAUAGGUCAGCUAUCUCAGCAGGCCACGUAGGUUGGAAUGGAAUUCAAACUGGAAAACAUCCGAUGAUAUGCCGGCUCUUACGGGGCAUAAAAUUUGCACGACCACCACGGCCUAGGUAUUCGGAGGUAUGGGAUGUGAACCUUGUUCUCCGACUUUUUGAAAGUUGGCCAAGGAACGAAGAUUUGUCGAUCAAGCAACUCACCGCAAAAUUGGUUACGUUGUUCUGUCUCAUCUCAUGUAAACGGGUUUCAGACGUACGAGCAUUGGACAUUCAGGCACGCUCAUAUACACCAGAAGGGGUGGCCUUUGAUAUAUCGAGACGUACAAAAACAUCCAUCACAAAGGUUUUUUACCCCGCAUUUCCACAUAACAGUAAAUUAUGCCCAGUAGCCUGCCUCAAGGAGUAUGAAGCAAGGACGGUGGCGGUCCGAGAUCUGCAAUGUGCGGACCUCUUCCUGGCUAUUCGACAACCGCAUCGUCCGGUUUCUACAGUCACCAUAUCUCGUUGGGUCAAAUGGAUCAUGACGUCGGCAGGCAUUGAUAUUUCCACAUACGGAGCACAUUCAGUGAGGGGUGCGAUGGCAUCCAAAGCCUUUUCAUUAGGCUGUAAAUUGGAAGAUCUCCUCCGAGCAGCCGAUUGGUCGAGAGAAUCUACUUUCCGGGAAUUUUAUUUCCGUCCGGUUUCCCAUUUUUCCACGUCAGUGAUCACACAGCUUUGAACUAGCAUAAUAAGAGCCUCCGUGUCCUUUAAUAAAAUUACCAGAUUUUACUAAUUUCAUGACGUAAAGUCAUGAUUUUAUAAAGGACACGGAGGCGAGUAUUAUCCCACCCAAUAAAGGUAAGUUGCCCUCCUCUGGGAAUGUAAUGUAUGUUAUGGGACUUGAACUGUGUGAUAAUGUGUUAUUUUAGUUUAUUUUUUCGUUUGAGUGAAUAACAUGAGAAUGAUUUAGUGUUCUAGAUAGAUUUGGAAUAUGAACAUGGAAAAUAUUAUCCAAGAACACAUUUUACCAUCUCGUUUCUCUGUCUUACAGCUUCCUAAUUGGAGUGCCAUAAUGGUCCAGGCAUACCCGCAGGUGGGCGGAUGGAGGAUGACCAGUUUUUUCUUCAAGUUUUGUUGGUUUUUUUGUCCGACGUCAUCUUCUACGGGAUUCCCUGUUUUUCUCUACACGACUACUGGUUCUUUUCAUGGCGGAAUAUUGGAGUGUCCAUCAACAACACCAAAAGAAAGAGGAGUGGCUUAGGGUCACAUGGGACUUUAUUGUAAUAGGGACACUCUGAUUGGUUCAUAUGUGGUAUAUGGUUAACCCUUGCAAAGUUAUGAUGUAAUGUUAUUGAAGUGUUUUCUUUUUGCAUUGAAUAUAUAUACACAAUAUUUUCUUUUGCUGCUGAGGAAUAAAAGGAAAGAGUAAAGCAUAAUACUCGCCUCCG